AUGCGUCGUGCUCUCUGUGCCAAGAAUAAGCUUGGUUUCAUCAUUGGUUUUUUGCAGCAACCUACCAAUCCCUUGGACCCCUUACUAGAUCUAUGGGAGAGGUGUAAUGAUAUGGUGGUCUCAUGGAUUCAAAACUCCAUCAGUCCAUCCAUUAAGACCAGUGUGGUGUUCGUCGAUGAUGCUCAAGCCAUCUGGAAGAAUCUGGAGGAGUGCUUCUCACAUCAAAAUGGCCCACGCAUUUUUCAGCUUAAGAAGUCACUCUCCAGUCUCCUUCAAGAGCACGAUUCUGUAAGUACCUACUAUGGCAAACUUAAGACACUUUGGGAUGAGCUUUCUCUUUAUGAUCCUUUACUUGCCUGA